AUGGAACGAAAAUUAAUACAAAUUUCUGAUUUGAAUACAAUAUGCAGAAUUUGUAUGAAUAGUAAAAAACAAAAUAUGAUAUCUAUAUUUGAUGUUAUGGUAUCUGAAUUAAUUUCAUACAGUGACAUGUUAAAGGAAUGCACUUCUAUCUCAGUUUCAGUCGACGAUGUGUUACCCAAACAAUUAUGUCUAGAUUGUUCAAAUCAAUUGGAAUUGAGUUAUAAACUCAAAGUACAGUGUCUGUAUUCGGAACAAUUUAUGAACGAUUUAAUUAAAAAUACAUCAAUACGAGAUGAAUUUGACGAUGAUAAUUUAUUUAACAAUGAAGACAUCAAACAAGAUUUUGACGAUGACACUGCAGAAGUGGACAUAAAAGAUGAUACCGUUGUAAAAAAUGAAAUAACCGAUCAUUCUAAGAAUAAAAAUUACUCUAAAACGGAGUUAGAAAACAAAUAUAAGUGUAUUCACUGUAACGAGCUUUUUAAUUCAAAAAAUACUUUAGUUAACCACGUAAAGAAGGGUCAUCGUAAAUCGAUUCGAUGUUGUGAUCAUUGUGAUCAAAUAUUUUGGUCUGGAAUAGGUUUUAAACAACAUAUGAAAAGUAAUAAUCAUGAAAUUGAAAUAAUUAAUAUUAAAGAAAAUGUUAAAGAUGAAACAUGUGAAAGAGAAUUUUCUUGUAAAUAUUGUUCCGAAAAUUUUCCACUAAAACAAGAUCUUAUUACACAUGUAAAAGAGGCUCAUAAAAAUACACGAAAAUAUAUCGAUUUAUGUAAAUUAUGUAAUGAAAUUAGUUGGUCGACAAGAGAAAAACGAAGGCAUUACUUAAUGCAACAUAAACAGUGCUUUUCAUGUUCUAAAGAAAAUAUUGAAAAUUUUAAAGAAUUAAAAGAACAUUUUAAAUUACAGGAUCAUCCAAAAGGACGAAAAAUAUCUGCACCAAAAGGUCGUUUAUGUGCAUACUGUGGGAAAACUCUUAAUAAUAAUUCUCAUUAUAAAGCUCAUUUACGAACGCAUACUGGUGAAAAACCUUAUAAAUGUGAGCUUUGUGAUAAAAAAUUUUCAUUAUGGUAUUCAUUACACUGCCAUAAAAUUACACAUACACAAGAAAAAAAUUUUAAAUGUACAACAUGUGAUCGAAGUUUUCCUUACAUAGCUUCCUUACGACGACAUGUUUUAUGUCAUUCAGAGGAACGAAAUUUUCCAUGUGAUAUAUGUGAUAAACGAUUUAAAUGUAGACGUGAAUUGACUCGACAUAAAGUUAUUCAUACAGGUGAACGAAAAUAUCCUUGUACAAUUUGUAAAAAAUCAUUUAUCAGAAGUUCUCAUCUUAAAGUACAUUUACGAGCACAUGACGGUAGUAGACCUUUUGCUUGUACAAUCUGUGGGAAAGCAUAUACUCGAAAAUAUAUUCUGGAAAAUCAUAUGAAAAGUCAUGAAUAA